GGGGAUCGCAAAAUGGCCACCGCCAAUUCGCGUCAACGUUAAAAUUACGUCGGAACGGAGAGGGAAGUCGCGAGCGGAACUCAACGAGGUGCAGACGUUCCAGAAACCCCGUCGACACGGUGACAACCUUAAAACUCGGAUCGCGCCUCUUUUGCACGUCGCGUUCGACAAACGUUCAACGAGAAGGAAAAACAACGUAAAAGUGGAGAGAAAAAGACAGAAGGCGGAUUCUUGACGAGAACGUCUCUCUUUAUUAUUUUUUUUUGUUUUGUUAUAAUGCCCUUCACUUUUUCGCUCUGAUCGCAGUAAAGUAUUAACGAAAUGGACGAAUCAGAAAAGACUACCGAAGGAGCAGUACCUAUAGUGCUCUCCAAACCAGACCACAAAUUUGAGUUGGACGAAGAAGCACUACAACGGCUUUUUCUUCAGCCUGAGAUAAGAAACCGUAAUGUCGUUGUGGUUUCCGUAGCAGGAGCUUUUCGGAAGGGAAAAUCCUUUAUUUUAGAUUUUUUCUUGAGAUAUUUGAAAGCAACGUACCCUACUUAUUCUAUACAAAAAAAAUCUAAAUCUGAUAGUGAAGACGAAGAUGAAGAGGAAGAAGAGGAACAAGUUGGUCAUUGGAUGGGACCUAAGGAUGUACCACUUGAAGGGUUUUCAUGGAGAGGAGGAUCAGAACGUGAUACUACAGGAAUCCUUAUGUGGUCUGAAAUUUUUUUGACUACUUUGGAAAAAAAUGAAAAGGUUGCAAUCAUCCUCCUCGACACUCAAGGUACAUUCGAUAGCGAGAGUACUGUACGUGAUUGUGCAACAGUGUUUGCCCUCAGCACCAUGAUAAGCUCAAUUCAAAUCUACAACAUAAGUCAAAACAUCCAAGAAGAUGAUUUGCAACACCUACAGUUAUUCACUGAGUAUGGAAGGCUUGCUCUCGCAAGCAGCGAUCAGAAGCCUUUUCAAAAGCUCCAGUUUCUUGUGAGGGAUUGGAGUUUUCCGUACGAAGCCCCGUAUGGGGAAGAGGGUGGCAAAAAACUUUUGGAAAAGCGUUUACAGGUGUCUGAUAAGCAGCAUCCAGAAUUGCAGUCAAUUAGGCGACACAUCAGGUCUUGUUUUACAGACAUAAGUUGCUUUUUAAUGCCUCACCCUGGCCUAAAAGUAGCAACAAACCCUAAUUUUGAUGGCCGUCUCAAAGAUAUCGAAGCAGAAUUUAUUGAACAAUUGUCUAAAUUUGUGCCUUUAUUACUUGCUCCUGAAAACCUUACUUUAAAACGCAUCGAUGGCCAAAAAGUGAAAGCCAAAGAUUUGGUAGAAUAUUUCAAAGCAUAUAUCAAUAUUUAUAGUGGCGAUGAGCUUCCUGAACCCAAAUCUAUGCUUGUUGCUACUGCAGAAGCUAAUAAUUUAUCUGCCGUGGCAAGUGCUAAAGAAACUUACCAUACUUUAAUGGAAGGCGUGUGUGGUGGAGCAAAGCCCUAUGUAAGCUCUAAUCACCUUGAAGCCGAGCAUCAAAGAAUUAAAACUAUGGCCUUGGAUCAAUUUAAAAGCAAGAGAAAAAUGGGAGGUGAAGAAUUUUCUGAAAAUUACCGUAUUAAACUUGACAAGGAUAUGGACGAUCUUUACGGGCAGUUCAGGUUGCACAACGAGAGCAAGAAUAUUUUCAAAGCUGCAAGAACUCCUGCAGUAUUCUUUGCGAUUGCCGUCAUAUUUUACAUCCUAUCUGGAAUUUUAGGACUUGUCGGUCUCUAUGCUUUGUCUAACACAAGCAACCUGAUCAUGGGCGUAUCUUUAAUUACACUUAUUACAUGGUGUUAUGUAAGAUACAGUGGUGAAAUGAUAGAAGUAGGAGGCAGCAUCGAUCAGGCAGCAAACGGGAUUUGGGAAAACUUUAUGAAACCUACAUAUGAAGCUUUUGUAGAAAAAAGUAUUGAACAUGCGGUUAUGAACUCGACAUUACCAUCACUGACAUCCCCAUCUGUUAAUGGUAAACACAAGCAAUUAUGAUCAGUGUUACCUCGAAGCUUUCUGUUAAUCAUUUUGUUACUUUCACUGUUCUAUUUUUAUCUAAUUUUAAGAAAAAAUCAUUAGCUAAUAUCAUGUUUUUUUUAUAAUGUCAGUAGUGCAAAAGAAUUCAAUUAAAUUAUUAUCAAUGAAAAAAUAAAAUAAUUUAGAAACAAAAAAUCAUUUUCAAAUUGAAUUAAUCUACUUACACAUGUAUAACAAAACUACUUUGUUUUGUAAAUAAUAAAUAAAUAAUUUUAUUCUGUAUCAUUUGUCCAUCAGAAUCUGCAUCUGUCUUUAAUUGUACAAUGUAAUUGGAUUAAUCUUUUAUUUGGCAAGGGUAACCAAAUGCUUAUAAUACGCAUGGCUAAUUCUAAUCAAGUAGCAUUCUUUAUAAAUAUAUAAUAUUUGUACAUAAAUAUAGUAUAUCCAAUGGUCUCGAAGACUAUGUUAAUUCUGAUAGAAGUAUAUUUUUUCAAGCAAAAACUAAAUUUAAAAAAAAAAAUUAAAACAAUAUUUUCUACAUUGGCUAGGUUUAAUAAAAACUUUCUGUAUAGUGUUAAUGCUCUCUAUUUGAAUCAAGUAUUGUUACAUUAUUUUAAGUUAAAAAUUGCUAAAUUGUUUUGUUUUUUGUAUGUAAACAUUGAAAUUAUUAUCGUGUGUGUAUUAUAGUUGUUUUAAAUUUUUUUUUUUUCGUCCACUUCCGUCAACUCGGAGACGAGAUUUAUUCAUACAGGCUUCGUUUUUAUAUCAUAGUUUACAUUUAAUGUUAUAUAAUUUUUUUUGUAAAUGAAAAAAAAUUGUGUAGUUUUUUUAAUUAAUAUAGUUUAAUGUUAUAUUUAAAAUUAGUUUUUGUGAAAUAAACUAACUGCACCUUUAUUCAGUUAUAAAUAGAAUUAUAUUUUUGAAUUAUGAAUGUAAUGUUACAAAAAGCGAGUAUGUCAAAGUACAAAACAAUGGUACUUGUUCAAAUAUGGACACGAUACAUUUAACAUUUUAAUGGAGGAUAAACGGUGUCUGCUGAAUUCCUUAUGCUUAUUAAUUAUAUAAGUAAGAAAACUAUUUUUUCUCCCGUGAAACUAACUUGUAAUCUUUCCUCUGUGAUUUCUCUGUGCCAAAUGACAUUUUGCAAUUUUUAUUACAAUACCUAUUUAAGAUUUUGGCUUUGGUUUUAAAUUAAUUAUUAAUUUUGCUACCUUUUUAAUUAGUUACUUAUAACUUGCUGCUAAAGAAAGUCUUCCAAAACAUUUUCUCGAUACACCCUUGAUAUGGCGUUUCCAUAAUUUCAAAAAAUAGACAUAGCCAUGUUUUGCUUUUUGUACGUUUCUUCGUUCUUUGUUUUGUUUUCUUGGGAAUGAAUUAUGUACUCUUUCCAUAGCUCUGACGCGUUCCGUCAGCAAUGUGCCAUUGGGUGAUUCACAAUUAAUUACUCUAUUACUUGUGUGGUUUUAUUGGAUAAUUGUGUGCCUUUUAAACUUUGUAUUUUGUAAUGAACGAUGACCACUUUAGAAAACACAUUGAAAUAACACCAUUACAUUCACUGUGAUUAAUUACGAUUAUUAACGUUGUCUUGUUUUCUUAGAAUUUCCCUACUUAAUAAUUUUAAGUUCAUUUAGUUUAUAUUUUAUAUAUUUUAAUAAGUAAUUGAAGAAAGUAUAAUUGUAAAUAGAGUCCAAUUAAAUGUUAUUUAUUUAUUUAGUUUAGCAAAUAGGUAUUAAUGUGAUAAGUGAAAUAUACUGUGGAUUGUUUUUGGUGAUGUUGAUGAUAGAUUAAAUAUAAUUUAAUUUCUUAUGUAACAAUAUAUAAUAAUUUAUUGGUUAAUUACUUAUUGUUAAUAAGGCAAAUAAAAAUACUAAUUGCUUUGCCUUACUCCUUGCUCAAUAUUGUUUUUAAUCAAAACCUAUCAUCCGCAUCUGGGGAUGUUCUAAAUGUGAUAAAAUUGCUGCCAAUAAUUACUGUUUGGUAUUUGGUGUGGGAGUUAAGAAAGAAAAUUAGAUACAAAAUAAAUAUUUUUGUUAUUACA